AUCUUCGGCCACCAUAGGGUGACGAAAUGUCUGGGCGACUUUUCCUUAAGCUGAAGCAGUUUGCGGAAGUGUAACGUUUAGGCUCUCCAAGCAGGCUGGAGAAAAUCAGUUUAUUCAUAUCUCAAAGCAUUGGCUCAACUCUCCAAUUCAAAAUAGAGAGAGAGUCAUUGCACAGGUCAAGAAAUGAGAACACUGCCAGCACUUCAAAUGGUGUUCUGUGAACCCCAUUCCAAUUACUUCCUCAUACCCAAGGUCCUGACUCCCCAUGGGCAAUAGAAUUAUGUGAAGCAGGAGGACGUUGCAGGGUUGGGUAUCAGCAUUUCUGGACACACACCUGGCUGCAGACAGAAUUUCUGGACAGAAAUUUAGAGCAGACCCAGAACACACCACAACAGAGCCUGCCUUUGCCAAAUCUUUGCAGAGAACAGAAGAAAAUGCUCCAGACUCAGGAGUUUCUGACAUUUCGUGAUGUGGCCGUGGACUUUACCUUGGAGGAGUGGCAGCUCCUGGACUCUGAUCAGAAGGACCUGUACAGAGAUGUGAUGUUGGAGAACUACAGCAAUCUGGUGUCAGUGGGUUAUGAAUCCAGCAAUCCAGACGUAUUCUCCAAGUUGGAUCAUGGAGAAGCACCAUGGACAAAGGAAGGUGAAAUUCACUGUGGAAACCAUUCAGAAAUCUGGAAACUUGAUGAUCAUCUGCCAGAGCACUUACAAAAUGAAAGUAUUGACAAUAGCCUAGAACAAUGGCACAAAUGUAAUACAUUUGAAAAUACUGUCCAUAAGAGCAGAACCUGUUUUCUGUUACAUAAAAAGUGGAUGUUUAUCUCACAUGGAGAAAGUAUGAAAUCAAAUCUAUCUUUAUUUAACCAGACUAGAAGCCGUGAAAUUAAGACUCCCACUGAGCUUUCUGCAGAUGGGAAAUCCUUUCUCCAUGCUAAAAGUGAACAUUUUCAGGCUGAAAUGAAAUUCCCCCAAAAUCAAAAACUCAUCAGCACUAAGUCCCAACUCAUCAAACAUCAGAAACCUCAGAAAAGAGAGAAGCCACAUGUAUGUGGUGAAUGUGGAAAAUCCUUCGUGAAGAAGUCUUGGCUCACUGAUCAUCAGAUCAUUCAUACAGGUGAGAAGCCCCAUCAGUGUAGUCUGUGUGGGAAAGCCUUCUCCAGAAAGUUCAUGCUCACUGAACACCAGAGAACACACACAGGAGAGAAACCUUAUAAAUGCUCUGAGUGUGGUAAAGCCUUUCUCAAGAAAUCACGGCUGAAUAUACACCAAAAAACACACACAGGAGAGAAACCCUUCAUAUGCAGUGAUUGUGGGAAAGGCUUCAUCCAGAAGGGCAAUCUUGUUGUACAUCGGCGAAUUCACACAGGCGAGAAACCUUAUAUAUGCAAUGAAUGUGGCAAAGGCUUCAUUCAGAAGACAUGCCUCAUAGCACAUCAGAGAUUUCACACAGGAAAGACACCCUUUGUGUGCAGUGAAUGUGGAAAAUCCUGCUCCCAGAAGUCAGGUCUCAUUAAACAUCAAAGAAUUCACACUGGAGAGAAACCCUUUGAAUGCAGUGACUGUGGAAAAGCCUUCACCACUAAGCAGAAGCUCAUUGUCCAUCAAAGAACUCAUACAGGAGAGAGACCCUAUUCCUGCAACGAGUGUGGGAAAGCUUUUGCCUACAUGUCGUGCCUUGUGAAACAUAAAAGAAUACACACAAGAGAGAAAUGUGGUGAUUCAGUCAAGGUGGAAAAUCCUCUCACAGAAAGUCUCAGCUCAUCACUGACCAGUGUGGUCCUGCAAGAGAAAAACUUUGUUAAUACAGUGGCUACACAGGUGCCUUCUGUGGUCCCUCAGACAGCAUUAAAUGUCAGUGGGCUCCUAGCAAACAGAAAUGUAGUCAUAGUGGGCCAGCCUGUGGCCAGACGUGCGCCCUCAGGAGGAUUUGCACAGGAUAGAAACCUUAUGAAUGCAGUGAGUAAGGACUCACCUUCAGUCAUCAAUUACAUGUUAUUUUAUGUCACAGGAAACCAAUAGGAAUAUACUCAGACAUUCUGUGUGUAAAGAUUUGAUCAAAACUUUCUACCUCAGGUUAUGGUUGAAAAGUAUAUCCUGAGAGAAAUUAUAUAAAUGCUGAGACUGGGAAGUUAUGCCUCUCUGCAUUGACACAGAGGCAUAAUUGGCUGUUAACCCAGACACAUACAUCAGUUGGCCUGUUGUGUUGGUUAAAGGAAUGAAUGAAGCUAUGUGGAAGCAAUAAUUGAAUUUUUAAAACAUAAACAGAAUUGAUAUCUGGAAUGUUGAUAUGAGUAAAAAACACUAAAGGGUUAAUACUUCUUUGGUGUGAUGUGUUUUUGUAUUUAUCAAUUCAGUUUUCCCCUCCAGGAUGAAGUGGUAAUGGAAAAUGGGGAUGUCUAGUGUAAACUCUAGAAGUUUAUAUAUUAUGUUGAGGGACUUAUGAAACAGCAGCUUUAGAUUGAGUCCAUUCAUUUAUAGUCAGUGGUUUUCAAAUAUUUCUCUUGAACCUGGUUUUGUUAAAAAAAAAAGUGAGGACACAGUGUUGAUCAAACAGAAGGUGGGCAUGGUGUCCUGGGAGAGCACUGAGGUAGCUGGGUUAUCUUAUCUCUUAAGUGGCACCUAUACACACCAGUGAAUCUAGUAAGAGGAUAUCAAUAUCUACACUCAUGAAAUGGACAUAUUUUUAGUUCAUUCUGGUUGUCUUAAGAAAAUACCAUGGCCUGGGUGGUUUAUAAAAGCAGAAACUUAUUUCUUACACCUCUAGAAGCUACGUGUCCCGUUUCAGGGCAUAAAUCACCUCUGAAAUGUCCACUUCUUAGUUCCAUCACAUUUGGGUUUAGGCUUUGAUGAGUGAAUUUUAGGGGGACAUGAAAUACUGCAUAGCGAAUAUGCAGUAAUUGGUUCAAAGGUUUAUGAUCAUUUCCUGUUCAAGGGACUUGUUAUUUGGAAGGAGGGCAAGGACUCUUAAUAGAUUUCCAGCACCUCAGUAAGUUAUUAUUUUAAUGCCUAUGUAUUAUCUCCAAAUAGUUGAAAAAUUCCUUGGUCACUUUUAUGCUCUUUAGAUUUCACAUUUU